AUGGCCGAAGAAGGCUCUUUCGAUGCUCUGCCCGAAGCUGCUCAAAUCAAAUGUCGAGAGAACAAGAAAAACAUCAGGAACUACUACGCGAAGAUAGACGAGAUUACUGCUUUCUUCAACAAGAGCCGCCAGAAUGUUGGAUAUGCCUUCAUGACAUCGGGAAUGAAGUUAAAAAAGUUUCAUGGAACGCAGGAAUACGACAUGCCGACGCAGCUUGACUGGGCCCUCUGUUGCCGCGUGUCAGGUGACCCCCUUUCCUUCUGCCUCGCAAGAUAG